ACUCCCUCUGUCCAGCAGGCGGCAGUGUAGUUUUUCUUUCCAUAUUUCCAUGUGUGUUUGUGAUCAGCUCUAAACCACCGAAGAAGUGAAGAGGGGAGAUUUUCUCGUGAACGCGUCUUCUCGGGUGGAAUGGCGGACGAGGAGGAUGAGGCCGGCUUUGAGGAGGAGCUGGAGGACGGCUACGGCGGCGUGGAUGUGGGUCACGGGCGGAGGAAGCGGCUUUUCUCCAAAGAGCUCCGCUGCAUGAUGUACGGCUUCGGGGACGACCAGAACCCCUACACGGAGUCCGUGGACAUCCUGGAGGACCUGGUGAUCGAGUUCAUCACGGAGAUGACCCACAAAGCCAUGUCUUUUGGGCGGCAGGGCCGCGUCCAGGUGGAGGACAUCGUUUUCCUGAUCCGCAAAGACCCCCGGAAGUUCGCCCGAGUCAAAGACCUGCUGACCAUGAACGAGGAGCUGAAGAGAGCCCGCAAAGCCUUCGAUGAGGCCAACUAUGGAUCCUGAGGACCGCAGAGGAGAACUGAACUCUGACUGACCCUUUUCUCUUCAGCAAAAAUGGAAACACCGUUUUUCGUGUGUGACAGUUUAUUAUUAUUUUUUUAAACUUAAUGAAUCGUAUCAUACAAAUCUACUAAUGUAAUUUUAAGUUCUUACAUUAUAACUUACAUUUGCCUUGGUCUUUAUAAUAAAUUAAAACUUUAUCUAGAUGAGAAAUUUCAGAAUUAAAGUCAAAAAUAGAAGAACUGACACUAAAAUGUUUUUCUUUUUUCCUUUUUAACUAAUUAACAACUUCCAGCCAAAUAAUCAAUUUAUCUCAUUUAUUGAGGUGACUGCUUAAAUUUAGGUCAUGGCAUCUGGACUUAUAAUCCUCCAAUAAGAAAGACUUCCUGUUUCCUGUAUUUUUGCUUAUUUUUAUUUUUUUAGAAUAGAAGACUUGUAUAAAGGGAAAUGAGCUUAAAAUUGCA